AUGUCCGGGGAUCUGGACGACAUCGACUUGAACACCCACGGCGCUUCCGCCGUACCGGCAAAAAAUGCUUCCGGUGCUCUUUCUGCUGAACCGGUGGUCGUUUCUUCGGGUGCUGAAACCCUAGCUGACUCUGUCAACGGUCACGGCGAGGGGGAAAAGACGGUUAUUGAAGGAGUUCCGGAAGUCAAAGUGGGUAAUGAGUUGAAACUCUGUGAAGGGGAAGUGGAAUCUGGUAAUGGAGGAGUUGAUGAUUCGAAAACGGUGAAAAUUGAAGGAGUUCCGGAGGAUGUCGAAGCUGCUAAUGAGUUGAAGGACUCCGAAGGUAGAGUGGAAUCUAGUAAUGGAGGAGUUGAGGAUUCGGAAGUAGUGGUAAAGCGGGGAGGCGAAGGAGUUCUGGAUGUCGUAGGGGCGAAUGAGUCGAAGGGCUGCGAAGGUAAAGUGGAAUCUAGUGAUGGAGGAGUUGAUGACUCGGAAGCGGGACUUGGUCCGGUGAAGGGGAAUGUCGAGAUUUUGGAUCUUGGCGUGCAAGGAGGUGAAGAAGAACCUUCCGAAAAGGUUGAAUCAAAUGGAUCUUGUCAGGUUAAGGAAGAAGAAGAAGGAGCAACAACCGAUGCCUGCGCAAUCCAAGUCCAGAGCGACGAUUCCUCUCAUCAGGUGUUUGGGAAUGAGGAUGCUGAAACCCCGGAAAGGCAAGUCCCUGUUGGCAGCUCGCACAAUAGGGUUUCCGAACACGGAAAGACCAUCAAGCAUCUCGAAGAUCAGAAAAUGGAAAUUAAUGACCCUAAAACGGAAUCUGAAUCUCGAAAUGUAACUUCAGAGAGGGUGAAAACAAAGCCUGAUAACUCAGAUGUUGCUCCCUCCACUGUCGGAACUAACAUGAAAGGCGGUCUUUGGAGAUCCAAAUUUGCUGAUUCUGAUUUAGUAUGGGGCAAAGUAAGGAGCCAUCCAUGGUGGCCGGCGCAGAUAUUCGAUACCUCCGCUGCAUCUGACCAGGCAAAGAAGUAUAUGAAGAAGGAGCGCCAUUUGAUAGUUUAUUUUGGGGAUCAGAGUUUCGCUUGGAAUGAGACAUCAAAGAUAAAGCCCUUCCGUGCCCAUUUCUCCCAGAUGGCAAAGCAGAGCAAUUCGGAGGAAUUUCAUGAUGCCAUUGAUUGCGCUCUUGAUGAAGUUGCCCGACGUGUGGAGUUUGGCCUAGCGUGUCCUUGUGUAGCUGAGUACAACGAGAUCAAAACCCAGGUAAUUGUCAAUCCUGGAAUUAAGGAUGAGUAUUGUAGAAGAGAUGGAGGGGAAAUAUGUUCUAGUGUAGCUUCUUUUCGCCCGGAGAAACUUGUCCAAUACAUCAAGGGAAUUGGUCAAUCACCAUUGGGUGGGGUUGAUAGGCUGGAAUUCUUAACUGCAAGAUCACAGGUGUUGGCUUUAAGUCGAUGGAAGGGCUAUUCUCAGCUGCCUGAGUUCCAAAUUCUUGGGACUGUGUUGGAUGAGCAAGUAGAUGUUACGUUAUCUGCAGUAGAGCCGACUCAGGGCAAUGAUGAGAAUGAAAAGAAGACUUCUUCUUCAAAGAGGAAGCGCCAUUCUGUGGACAAGGAGCAAACCCCUGCCAAGAAAGAGAAAACAUUGGCUGCUUUAUUUGCUGAGAGGCGAUCGAAUGAUAAAAGCAAAUCGUCUAAUAUCAAAAGCAAAUCAGAGAGUAAGGCUGUUGGGAAGUCCAGUGACGGAAAGAAGCGAAAGGCUGCUGAUUCAGGUUUUGAUGAUUUGGCCGUGAAGAAGAGCCAAACUCUUUCAUCUCCAGAAGGUAGUGGUAAGAACACUUCCCAGUCUAAAAAGGGAAGUUUUGGAAUUGGAUUUAGCAUCCUCAAGGUGGCCAGUGAAAUGAAUGGUUCAUCUCCAAUACUGAAAUCCCACGAUGAUGGCCCUUCUUCUCAAAGGACUAAAGAGGAGAAGAAGAAGCAAGGAAGUAAAAAGAGGCCUGCAAAAUCCAAGGGGAAAAAAUCACCCACCAAAUCAGAUUCUCCAGCAACCAAAAUUCUUGAGGAAGAAGGCAGCGAUCCAAUCCUCGAAGAAAAAUCGAUAUCGGAAUGUAAAAAUGGUGAAGAGGUUAUAGCAGCAGCUGCUGAACUACCAGCAACUGAUGAACAGGGCGGCAAUGGGACUCCCGAGCAGCAAAAUGGCGAGGAAGCAGAUGCCGAUGACGCGGAUGCAGUGGUGAAGCCGCCGAAUGAGCAGGUGGAAGAGAAAUCCAGUGACGACGAUCCAUCCCCCACCGCUUUGAUCCUGAACUUCACGGACUACGAGUCAGCUCCAACAGUGGAGGAGCUGAACAAGAUAUUUGGUCGUUUUGGGACGCUGCAGGAAUCCGAGACGCAGGUCCUAAAGAAGAGCAGCCGGGCCAGGGUAGUAUUCUGCAAGCGUGAUGAUGCAGAGACGGCAUUCAGCAGCGCGGGGAAGUACAGCACUUUCGGGCCUUCCCUCGUGAGUUACCGUCUCAAGUACUGUUCUUCCCCGAAGAAACGACCUGCAAGCAGCGGGCGGAAGUGCAGCAGCUCCGGAAAGAAGUAG